GCGAACUCGUGGGACUAUCUAGUAGAAACAGGGUGGCGAAUGGACGACGACGUGAGGGCAUGUGUAGAUUCCCAAAUCAGGGGGUCCAUGUUACAGCCCUGAGCAGUGAGGACCCUCCCGGUCAUGAAAAUCAGAGGGGAUAUUUAAUGUUCACAAGCACCACCAAAUUCCUCCCAGAGCAUUCCCUUUUCUCUCUGACUCGCCAAGAUCGUGAAACGCAGCCUCACUUCAAAUCAUGUCGGAUCUAAACUGCGGUUCUGGUGGAGGCGCGACUACAUAUGCACAGUUGCGGAUCGCAUCGAUCUUCAUCAUCCUUGUCGGAUCGACUAGCGGUGCACUUUUUCCAGUGCUUGCUAACCGGACAAGCUGGCUUCACGUCCCCAAAGCCGUCUUUGACUUUGCCAAAUACUUUGGUUCCGGUGUUAUCAUAGCUACAGCCUUUAUUCAUCUCCUCAGCCCCGCCAUGAGUGAGCUUUCAUCACCAUGCCUGUCACCGGCUUGGCUGGAGUAUCCCUACGCGCUCGCAUUAGCCUUGCUCAGCAUAUUUUCUAUAUUUAUCGUUGAACUGGUGGCCUUCAGGUGGGGUACAGCCAAACUAGCGGCCCUCGGUAUGAGGCAUGAUACACACGGUCACGGUCUCGGCGCGCACGCUGCACAUGGACCUGAAGGUGUAAUAACGGGUGGCGACUCAAACUCUGAGAAGAUCAAGGGAGAUCUAGAAUCUGCCCAUGAUCAUGAGCACCCGGAUCUUGAUGCCACGGGGCAGAUCAUCGGUGUGUUCAUCCUAGAAUUUGGCGUAUUAUUGCAUAGUAUGCUCAUUGGUCUGACGCUGGCGGUCGACCCGGACUUUAAAAUCCUGUUUGUUGUCAUCAUAUUUCACCAAACCUUCGAAGGCCUUGGAGUCGGGACUCGUCUUGCUCACUUACAGCUUCCCUCGAAGUACAAUUAUGUAGCCAUAUGUGGCGCGCUGCUGUACGGAAUCACCACACCAUUAGGCAUUGCAGUCGGGCUUGGCGUUCAAACCACGUACAACCCAAACAGUACCACCGCCUCCAUCGUGAGUGGAGUGCUCGACUCACUGAGCGCGGGUAUCCUGUUGUACACUGGCCUCGUUGAGCUUCUUGCUCACGAGUUUAUCUUCAACAAAGAGAUGAUUAACGGGUCUAACAGACACGUUGCCUAUGCUAUCUCAUGCAUGCUUUUUGGAUGUGGGAUCAUGGCGCUCCUGGGGCGUUGGGCAUAACGGACAUUAUGUAAUAUAAGUCGAGAUUCGAGGCAUAUCUCCAAUAAGUGGACAAUGAGUGGACAAUGUAACAUGGCCCAUACGGUAACUAGCGGAGAAUAUAACCAGCGGAGUGAACGUAGUACAUAUGAGCGGAACUUACCGAAAUACAUGACAGGCGAAUUUAUCUUGAUCAGCCUGUCCAAGAGUAUGAGAACUUGAU